CCGGCCGGCGGAGCGGCCCCCCCGCCAUGGGUCGGAAGCGCUGCGUGGGGGGAGACGGCUCCAAGAUGGCGGCGGGUUGCUGCGGGGUGAAGAAGCAGAAGCUCUCCAGCUCCCCUCCGUCGGGCUCGGCCGGCCCGGGCAGCGGGCGGCGGCAGCUCGCACUGCGGCGGGGCGGCGGCGGCGCGGGGUCCGGGGGAGGCUGCGGCGAGCCGGGGUCCCUUCCUGCGCUGCCGGGGGGCGCCCCCCGCCUCAACGGCCUCGGGGGGCUGGCGGGGGGCUCCCCCGGCUGCGCCCUCUCCCCGCCGCUGCCGCCCAGCUGCGGCGCGGGACCAGGAGGCCUCUCCGCGCCGGCCGCCGCCUCGCUCCUCUCCUCGCCCGGGGUCGGGCCCGGCGGCUGCAGGAAGAUGGUGGUGUCGGCCGAGAUGUGCUGCUUCUGCUUCGACGUGCUCUACUGUCACCUGUACGGCUACCAGCCCCCGCGGAGCCCCCGCUUCACCAACGACCCUUACCCACUCUUUGUAACGUGGAAGAUUGGUCGAGACAAACGAUUGCGUGGAUGUAUAGGUACCUUUUCUGCCAUGAACCUGCAUUCAGGACUCAGGGAGUACACACUUACUAGUGCCCUUAAAGAUAGCCGAUUUCCCCCAAUGACGAGGGAUGAGCUGCCACGGCUUUUCUGCUCAGUGUCUCUACUUACUAAUUUUGAAGAUGUCUGUGAUUACUUGGACUGGGAGGUGGGUGUACAUGGUAUUAGAAUAGAAUUCAUCAAUGAAAAAGGAUCAAAACGCACCGCCACCUACUUACCGGAGGUUGCAAAGGAGCAAGGAUGGGACCAUAUUCAGACCAUAGAUUCCUUAUUGAGAAAAGGAGGCUACAAGGCUCCAAUUACAAAUGAUUUCAGGAAAACAAUAAAACUGACCAGGUACCGCAGUGAGAAGAUGACCAUGAGCUACACAGAAUACCUUGCUCACCGUCAGCAUCAUCACUUCCAGAAUGGCAUUGGGCACCCCCUCCCACCAUACAACCAUUAUUCCUGACACUGAGCCGCAUGACCAGUCCCUGGACUUCUCUGCAGACCUCUUCCCAGGAGACCCCACUCCCUCUUGGUCUAGCUAUCUCUAUUACUGUACAAUUUUAUGAUGAUAGUUUCCGUUGCCAUGAUGGCGCUUCUCCACAGCAGGUUAAGUUCAUCAUGGCAACGGAUGGAAACGCUGCAUCAUUACAAAGAGCCCCUUCACUCUCUUUUUACAAAAUCCUUACUUUGGCUAGUAUAUAGACCUUUUGGGAUUCUUUUGAUAUAAAACCUUAAAAUUCUAACUUCAUUAACAUUGAAUUAUAUCAGUCAAGUUUCUCUGUAAGACUGUGGAUGGAAGGAAAGAGUAUAAUGCUUAAAGGGCUUGGAUUAGAGAAUACAAGCAUGAUUAGCUGCUCAUAAAAACAAAAUAUACAAGAUUUAGGUCAGAAACUUAGACUAUGAAGGAGGCCUGAGUAGGACUAACUGUACAAUCCUCAAUGUUCCUAUAAACUUGUUUUGAUUUCAUGUAAGUAAAUAUGUGAGCCUCAGAUUCUUCUGAUAAUCCUAGGAGAGGCAGAUUUUGAGAUGAAUUGCUUGAUUAUGAAUAGAAGGCAGCUAUGGUUUUUGCAUGGUAUACAAUGAUCAUAUAGGAAGAAUUUUAUUGCAAAACCAGUUCAGGCUAUAUUGGCCAAUGCAUUUGCCAUUUUAAUUGCUGCACAUCUAGGAAGGCGGUGUGCCACCUUUUUACUCAUGGGACUCAAGGCCUUCACAGGCCCCAUGUAUAGCAAGGUGGCUUGUGCAUGAGUGACUGUUUGCACCAAUGCCAUUCUAAGACUUCAAGGAUAGAAGCUGCUUUUGUGCUGAAGCCGUUGGCAUGUAGCAGCUGUCGUAUAAGGAAGUCAAUGGAUUUAGGUAUUAGUGCCUUUGACAAGGAUGCAAGUUAUCAAAAUAAUGGGGGGGGCAUAGGGAUAAACUGGAGAAAAGAUGGCUAUAUUGAACUCCUUUCUCUAUUGAGAGUUGGUGAGGAAUGAAAUUAGUUCGAGAGCAGAAAUCGGUUUUCUUCUCUCUCUUCCCAACAUAUUCCAGUUGCCUGGAGUUUGUUACAAUCAACCAAACGCAAUUACUGUUUUAAGUAGUCAUGGUGGUGGAUAUGAAAAAUGCGUUUGGAUUUAAUGAGUCAUCUGAAUGGUUCUGAGCCGGAGGGAUCAGUCCUGUGGCAAUGACUGUCUUUCUGUCCUAUGUGAAAGGGGCUGAAAGAGUUAUUGUCUUGAUCAGACUCUAGCAAUGAGGAAGAGAGACAGGGAAAAGGCGUUCAUGAAGUUGGAAGCUGUUAGUAGUUUGGGACUCACCUUAUUUAAUGUACUGACAGAACUCUCGUGGACAGUGAUGAAGUGUAUAUUCAAGGGGAUAGGCUCUUUGCUAAACAGCCCUGUGAUCUUAAGAAGAAAAGUGAGAUAUAAAUUUAAUAAAUAACAAUAAUAAAUUUUGGAGGAACCAAAUACAUUUUCACAGGAAUCCCAGCAUAUUUCAUUCACUAGAUGUGGAGUUCAUAUGCAUACCUGUAGGAGGAUAGAUGAGUGUGGGCAAAACCAAACACUAUUAAAUGUCAAGCAGCUGGUUAAGAAUCCUCAAAUGUACUCUUAAUUCUCAUACGUACAGAGAGGCAAGCAGAGGGUGGCUCUCACAUUAACAGGGAAGCUAGCAGAGAAAGUUCUCACAGGGAAUGCUGUCAUUUCCUUCAUCCACAGCAUUUGAUGUCCAAAUAUUAACUUUCUGUUUUAAUGCCUUAAUUUUAAGUGAGCAGAAGGCCUGAAAACACAAGUAGCCAACAGAUGUCUGGCAGACAUUGCAGGUCAGGAAAAGAACUGGCCAUUGCUUCUGUUGAAGUUAUGUGGGGACCCUUUCCAUUUGGGUGUUGGAAAGCAGAUUCACCUUGAAACAACAGGUAUCAACAAGUGGCUUUCUGAAUGCAACUUUUUCAUUCUUGCCCUUUAAAGGGAAACUUGAGCACAAGCUGAAAAAAAUAUUAUCUGCUGCAAAACAUUUGAAAAAUCAGCCAUGGCCACCCAAUCCCAUCUUUCCUCUGUUAUCUCAUUACAGCUCAUGCUUCUGGGUGAGCUCAUUGUUAGAAGUUUUUUAAAAAGAUCUAUUAUAUAUAUAUAAAUAUAUGUGUAUUUAAAGGUGCUAAUCAACCUUGAGCAGGUCACGUGACUGGUCAUGCGGACUCGGAAAUCAUAUCAGAUUUUUUUAGAAAAAAAAAUCCUCAAUAUAUGCAGAUGUUAUACAGAAUUUCUUACCAGUGUAAUAAUGAAAUACUGAUUUAAAUAAAAUAUCCUGCAGGGUUUGAAGGACGAGGUCAGCAAUACUUCCCACCAUGGCUUGGGGGAGGAAAAAGGAUCAUUUUGUCUCCUUUUUUGUACACAGUGUAAUGCACAAUGCAUAUUUGUCUAUGUUUCAGUAGCUGUUGCUUGGGAAAUUAAAACAAGUUCAAAGGGUUAUUACAAACUGGAAAGGUGUGCUUUAAAAAAAACAUGAAAAACCUCCAGACCCUUCUGAGCCUAUCUUGCAUAUGUUCAUUUAGGAAGAAUUCUUGCUUGGCAUGUUGUGAGACAGAAGCUUCAGCAAAUGUUCUGUUUUUACAUAUAGAUGAAUCCGUUUCUUGCUGACAUUUUUUCCUGGCACUUACCUCUUGAGCAUGGAAGUGCCAACGACACAAAGGAUUAUGUUUCUUAUGUAAUUGUAGGUUUAUUCGUACAAAACAUGAUGUACUUCACAGGAACAUAGUAGCUCUGUUUGCUGAAAACAAAUCAAGGAAAAAACAAGGCUUGAAAUAUGCCUUGUGGUUUGUUCCUAAAUAUGCAAAUUGAAAUUGGAGCAUUUUGUGUUGAUUUUGAAAAUCCCAGACAGAUUUCUCACCUUCCUGUCAAUAUUGAUCACUGAGCUUUGGGCAAGCAUUGAUCAGUUACUUUUGCCUUAUUUCAUUCCAAAAGGCGCUUUUGUUCUAGCUUUAAAAGUUUGCUUCCUGCACCCGUGUGGUAUGAGGCAGUUCCAGAACAAGUCUCUCCGGUUAUGCUGAAGGAGAGUUGCGUCCCUGAGCUGCACACACACAACAUACACCGUUACCAGUAGCUGGAAGAGUCUUGUGCAGUCUUGCAUCGUUGCCACUUUCCCGCCGGGGCCACAGCAGGCUCCGGUGGGAUGGGAGGUGCUUUGCACCAACCGCAACACAAUUGUCAGCUGGAACCACCGGGCCACACCACACACCCCAAUGCGUAUGUAUCUCAACCUUUUCACUUGUCUUCAACUGUGCAGGUUCUUGAAACUGUUGCCUGGAGUAGAUUACAUCUCUUGUGUGUUGGAUCGAACCAAAGAAUCCUCCAGCCAAGCCUAAAUGCUGCUCCUAAAAAAUAAAAUAAAAAAGCCUGCCUUCCAGUCCUUCCAAAAUCCCUGCAGGAUGAAAUGGGUUAACUUUUUUUUAUUUUUGUACAGUUUCUUAACUGAUUUUUUGCUAGUGAUGUUAAUUGAAUUAAGUUUCGAGGAGCCUAAGCGACUCCUCCAAUGAAAUAAAACUGGUGACUUUUUGUGUUUUAAAUAAAAUAAUAUAGAAACCCGAAGUGUGCCUCUCAGAUUUUAAGGGUUUCUGGUUACAUUUAUUAAGACCAGCAAUGAUUAUUCUUUAUAUACAAAGAUAUGGGUUUUUUUCCUUGUUUUUUUUAUUACUGUUUCAGAAGAAGACUAAAAAAAAUGAAUAAAAAAAAAUACCUUCCUUUUGCUCUGGAUCCAGUAACUUUGCUGGUACACAAAUGCACUGAGAACAAAAGAACUUUUGUAACAACUUAUGACUGUUUUGUAUAUCAAAGUUGAUUCUUUUCAAAAGAUUGGAUCUAGUUUCUAAGUUAUUUUCGUGUUUUAUAUGUUACAAGAAUUAAUGGUUCACCAGCAUAAUGAGUUCUUUAAUGCAACAAGGUGACACAAAUGGGCAAAAAAAGAAAAGCUGCCUGGAGUAGCUUAAAGGCCCCUAUUUUUUUCCUUCCUUAGUAACUUGACUAUUGAUUACAAUAUUAUCACAGAUUACCACAAACCUCCUACCAUUUAAACUAGAUCCUUCCAUGUUUAUUUGCUAUUAGUGUGAAGAUACUGUUGAAUAAAAUGGGCAUUUUUAUAAGUAUGGCUUAAAGGUAAAAAUGAGGAAAAAGGAAAAAAAAAUAUCUAGAAGGUAAUUUGUGGGUCUGUGAGAUAAUGGCUGUGGAAAGAUAUUGUAGUAGUUUUAACACUAUUGUUAUUACCUUUUAAAUCAUUUACCCAAUAAAAAUAAGCAGAAAAAGAAAAUAA